UCUUUUUUUGUAAAGCCGCCAUUACAAAACCUUUCUUCUUUCUCUAAUUUAAUUAUUCAAACAGUUUUCUUUUGUAAAGUUUCGUAAUUUGAGUUUGGUUAGGUGAGUUGAAAGAUCAAAAACUAAAACUUUGAUCUUUCACAUUUUCGUCGAUUGCUUUCAAUCGGAUGGCACAAGCUAGCAGAAUCUGCCACGGCGUGCAGAAGCCAUGUGUUGUGCUUCAACCCAUCCGAGAAAUCUCGGGUCUCAUCAAGCUACCCGGAUCCAAGUCUCUCUCCAAUCGGAUCCUACUUCUUGCCGCUCUAUCUGAGGUGCAGUUUUCUCUUGUAGUGAUGGGCUGGGCUGGGCUGCCAAACAAAAGGCCUGUGUGUCGGCUUCUUCGUCUUCCAACUUUGAGCAUCUUCCCCAAAUUUUCACCUCUUUCUUCUCUCAUGGAUGCUUCGAAUCUCGGUUCUUCUAGCAAACCGGCCUUCUCUUCCUUCUCACAAUCCAGCAGAAGCGGAAGAGGAAACGAGAGAGAUCGGAGACCUCAGGGUCCUGGCGGCGGCGGUGGAGGAAAAGAUAGAAUUGAUGCUCUUGGAAGACUCUUGACGAGAAUCUUGCGACAUAUGGCUACUGAGCUUAGACUGAACAUGAGAGGUGAUGGUUUUGUUAAAGUUGGAGACUUGCUUCAGCUGAAUCUGAAAACGUCUGCAAACGUUCAGUUGAAGUCUCAUACCGUUGAUGAAAUUAGAGAGGCAGUGAGAAGGGACAAUAAGCAACGGUUUAGCCUCGUUGAAGAGAACGGAGAGCUCUUGAUUCGCGCUAACCAAGGCCACUCCAUCACGACGGUUGAGUCCGAGAAGUUACUUAAACCAAUAUUGUCACCUGAAGAAGCUCCAGUUUGUGUGCAUGGAACAUAUCGGAAGAAUUUGGAAUCCAUCUUAGCAUCUGGCUUAAAGCGUAUGAAUAGACUCCAUGUUCACUUUUCUUGUGGCUUGCCAACAGAUGGUGAAGUGAUAAGUGGCAUGAGAAGAAAUGUUAAUGUCUUGAUCUUCCUUGAUAUCAAAAAAGCUCUUGAAGAUGGAAUUGCAUUUUACGUUUCAGACAACAAAGUGAUUUUGACUGAAGGCAUUGAUGGUGUAGUGCCUGUUGAUUACUUCCACAAGAUCGAGUCUUGGCCUAGUCGGCAGCCAAUUCCUUUCUGAAUAUUUUUCUUUAUGGACGACAUCAUUGACUUAUUACCACCAAACAAUGCAACUGGUGAAGCAAUACAUCAAUAUUUGAUCAUGGCUGUUGUUUACAUUAUCAUAAGUGUGUAACCAAUGCUUGCAGAAACAUUGCAACUCGUUUAUAUUAUGUCUGUGUUCUUUAUAAAUAUUUCGGAACUCUUUCAGAAUAUAAUUAAAAAGCUUGUUGUUCCUUGAAA